AUGAAUUUUCCAGAGCCAGCGAAAGUCCCAAUCGGUUAUGUUAACAAGGAAAGGCAAUUAAAACAACUAAGAAUACAAUUCGAUCUCAUAAUUAUUCCAGUUCCAAUCAAUAGAGGAAGCUUGGCAAAGGCUCCAAUCUGGGAUCAGCCGCAUGAGAAUAGAAAAAAUGAUCUUUCGAGACUUGACAUUGAACAAUAUUCAGAACCUACUGAGGUGCCCGACGUGGACAACUUUGACUAUAAUCUAGAAAAAAUUGACAAUAACAACAAAAGAACUGAUACAGAAGAAAGAGACGAGUACGAUGAUGGUAAUUAUGCUGGUGAUAAAAUUGUUGGUGGUCAAGAAGUUGAUAUAAAUUUAUAUCCUUAUCAUGUUGCUUACGGUUCAAAUUGUGGUGGAGCGAUUAUUGAUAAGAAAUGGGUCCUAACAGCAGGGCACUGCGGCAAGAAGCCGUACGUAAGGGUCGGAUCGAAGUAUUUGAAUCAAGGCAAGAAGGUUCUAGUAAAGAGUCAUACAGUGCAUCCGCUGUGGUUCGCAAAGACUAAAGAACAUCCGUUCGACUUUGACUUUCAAGUAUUGGAGUUAAUGGAGAAUCUGAAAUUCGAUGACAAUAUUCAGCCUAUAAAGGUGGCUAAUAUUGAAGACAUGGUGAUUGGAAAAGUUAUCACAGUGACUGGAUGGGGCAACACUGAAGAAAACGGUCCAUAUUCCAAUGUGCUAAGAGCUGUGAGGGUACCAAUAAUAUCGAAGGAGCACUGCCAAUCAGUACCGUUUCCCUACUUUAGAGGUAGUUUAACUCCGAGGAUGUUUUGUGCAGGAUUCUCAGAAGGAAAAAAAGAUGCUUGUCAGGGUGAUUCAGGAGGGCCGGCGGUAUCUAACGACCGUCUUCUAGGCAUGGUGUCUUUUGGGUACGGGUGUGCCACUCCAGGGUCCUACGGUGUCUAUAGCAAAGUUGCCAAAGUAAGAGAUUGGAUCAAAACAGUCACAGGCGUAAACCUUCAAUGA